AUGUUCUUUGGUAUCGAGCAAAAUGAUGGAGGAGCUCAAGUCUCUAUUGGUGGAAUAGAAACCGUUGUAGAGUUUUGGAUUCCUGAGGAGGUAGUUCAGGAACAACCAGAGCCCGAACCAGCUACAGAAGAGGAAGAAGAUGAAGAGUCUACUGAACCUUCGCUAGGAGGCACUGAGGAGAAUGAACAGGAUGAGGAUAAUGAUUCAGACGAGGAAGAUGAGGACCAAGAGGAAGAUGAAGAACCAGAGACUACUGAAGAGAAUGAGGUAAAGGAUAAUGAACCAGAAGAACCUAAUGAGGAAGCUCCUACAGAAUCUCCAGAGGAUGAUGACUGGGAUGGACCUGUAUCUCAAGAGCAGGACGAUGAUCCAGACUUAGAACCAGAACCAGAGAGACGUCCUCGAAAAAGCAGAAACUCGACACGAAGGGAAUCUAACGCAUACAAAUCCCGAGAUUCCAAUGAGAAAUUACCAGAGGAUGAAGACCCAGAAUUUCAUGAUGGUUUCUGGGAUACUCCUGACGACUACUCUGAAAGGCAAGAUGAUACCCAAGACGAACCAGAUGGACUUGUAAUUGAUGAUGAGGAUCCAUCUGAAGACCAUGAAGAUGAAGCGGAGGAAGCUUAUGAGGAUGAUAGUCUUAAAAGUGCUCCUGAGACUUCUACUAAAUCACGAACACGUUCUGAAGAAGGUACUAUUGGAGGACUAGAACAAGGACAUCCUAAAGAAUCUGAAGACAACGAUCUAGGGGAGGAAGAUGAAGAUGAAGCGGAGGAAUCAGAAAACUCUUCUAGUAGUCCAGUUAGCAUGGAUAUUGCCGACUUAGACUCUCAAAACUACAAGCAUGUUGACUAUAUCUACGACGAUAACCACAUUAGACUGUUCCUACCAAAUGAGGGUAUGAUUUUUGCCAAACUAAUCGAUGGAGAGAAUUCUAUAUGGGAGGCAAAAUCCGAUGAAAAGUUUGAGUUUGCCAAGGUAUACCUAAAUAAGGACGGUAAAGCAGAAGUCAUGCUCGUUACAAAGAAUACUCCAUCUGGUGUGGAGCGUAAAUAUUACACAAAAACUUGGACUGGAUGGAGGGAAUCUAAAGACAUUGGUGACAGGGUACCCAAGUUGAAAGUAUUUGCACAACAGAAAUCUGACUAUACCAUUGAUCUCUCUGCUACUAAGGGUACUAAAGAAUGUACCAUUUUUGAAGCAGAAUUGCUGGGUAUUACUACAAAACAUUUCUUUCCAAAACCUGGGUACCUUGCCAAAGGAGUAAAGGAUGGGACUAGGUCCAUAUGGGAACCCAUAAAACAUUGUGGCAGACAUAAAUCAGAAGAAGACUUUGAUGGCUACGAUUACUGCUUUUCAUGUAUUAUUCAUAAUAAAGGCGAUAAGGAGCUACUUGAGAUGAUUGUAGUGGAAAAUGACUCAGUAGGAAAGAAGUACUUUGAGAAAGCUGAUGGCAAGUGGGUUGAGAUAAAGAAGGAGGACUUUAAUAAUAAGCUGAAGCAUAUGAAGAGUGAAUCUGAGGAAGCUUCUUCACAUCCUUCUACUACUAUUCCAUCUUAA